AUGGAACCAACAGACAAGCAGAAGAGAGACAACAGGUGGAAGAACAACAGAGACUUGCUCCGUAUUCUGGAGCAAGAGAGGCGGAGGAGGCAGGUGGCUCCAGAGGAGAAAGAUCCAUUCUUGGAGAAGACUCCCCUCUUUUCCAAGCCCUACAAGACAGAUAAAGAAGAUGAGCUCUCAAGGCGCAUCAAGAACUUGCUGGGCGAUGUGGACUCCAAGGUGCUCCUGAGCAAUGAGUCCCCUCUGAAUCCCAGAUGGAUCCCAAAAAAGCCCCAAUCCAACUCCCAGGCCUCCAGUCACAGGCCAGCCUCCAGUAAGACAAAUCCAUGUGAGGACAUAUGGAGAGAAUCCUCACCAGAAUCACUGAGCACCAGACCUAAGCCUGAACAGAGCUACGGUGUCAGCAGUGAAGGUCUCUCAAAUGGGAGGUCAGAAACCAAAGCUCCACAACCCGAAAUCCUUCCUGAGCCUGUCAAGCCCAUGGUGCACACUGCUGUGCAGUCCAUUGAAGGAAUAUUGAAGGAAAUGUGCAGCCCCCUGCCCCCUCUUCUGCCCUCCCUUCAGUCACCUGAGAGAACAGAGACUUCCAAAUUUCCUGUGCAGGCAAAGGCAAAGAAGCCCUCUGAUGUGCCACCAAUUGAAGAAAUUUUCACGCCUGAGCCAUCAACUGCUAAAAAGUGGCGCCUUGACAACCUGGUGACCCAGAGAAAGCAAGGAUUAGUGGCAAGAGAGGGUCUCAGGGAAAUUGCCCGUAGGAAUGGACGUGAGGAGGGUGCAAAGCAGGAGCAGGGCAUCAGCAGCACUUCUUGCCAGCACCACUCCAAGGCAAGGGAGCCUCCUCCCAAGAGCUGUGGCCAAGUGGCCGAGGACACUCACAAGACCUCUGGCCAAACCACCAAGCAUUUUCACAAGACCUCUGGCCGAGUGACUCAGGCUCCUCUGGAAUCUCACGUUAUGAGCACACACAGCUCUCUGAAGCCUCUUGUGCACACCAAGGAGGCCUUGCCCAGGAAGACUGUGGGUAUCAAAAGGCCCAGCAAGCCCCUGGAGCAUGACAAAUGGAAAAAAGUCCGGAAGCUGGAGAGUGAGCCUGGUCUUUUGCAGGUCACAGAAGAGGCUAACAAGGAGCAGACCAAAGUCAAGAAAACAGAGGAGCUAAACUCCAUCACUAAAAAAGCCCUGCAGCUGGCACUUCACAAGCCCUCUGAGGAGAGAAAGGACAAGGGCUCCCAGCAGGCCAAGGCCAAAGGCUUUUUGGAUGCCAGGCUCCUGAGACAUGCUCAGGAAUGUGAUGCCCUCAUCCCCAGUAGCCACAGGCCUGGGGAAUGGCACAGGGAGAAAGUGCCCUUGCCUCCUGGGGAGAAGAAGUUGUUCUUGCCUUCGAGGAAGGCAGACUUGAAGAGGAAAGCCAUGAGGAGUCCUGAGGAGUCCCCUGGAAAGAAGAAGAGACCCAGAGCUGUGACUGACAACCUGGAGCUGCCUGCCAUGGACAACCCUGCCAGGAAGCAGGAUGGAUUCUUAGCCAAGCACAGGAAAGUGGAGGAAGACCCCGAGGAGCAAACCCAGGCCAUCACCAUUGGUAUCCAGGAGGGCUGGUGGAAGAACAACAGAGACUUGCUCCGUAUUGUGGAGCAAGAGAGGCGGAGGAGGCAGGUGGCUCCAGAGGAGAAAGAUCCAUUCUUGGAGAAGACUCCCCUCUUUGCCAAGCCCUACAAGACAGAUAAAGAAGAUGAGCUCUCAAGGCGCAUCAAGAACUUGCUGGGCGAUGUGGACUCCAAGGUGCUCCUGAGCCAUGAGUCCCAUCUGAAUCCCAGAUGGAUCCCAAAAAAGCCCCAAUCCAAUUCCCAGGCCUCCAGUCACAGGCCGGCCUCCAGUCAGAAGCCAAAGCUCCACAACCUGAAAUCCUUCCUGAGCCUGUCAAGAGCUCUCCAGUCCCAGCACAAGUGGGUGGCAGCAGCACAGCCCAGCAGCUCGGAGUCAGGGAGCACCAGGGAGUGCCACAGCUCCUCCGUCUGUGACAGAGAGAUCAGCUGCAGUGACAGUGAGGAGGACAACCUUCCAAGGGUGCUGGACCUGCCACCUGAGCCACCAACUGCUAAAAAGUGGCGCCUUGACAACCUGGUGACCCAGAGAAAGCAAGGAUUAGUGGCAAGAGAGGGUCUCAGGGAAAUUGCUCGUGGGAAUGGACGUGAGGAGGGUGUGAGGCAGGAGCCGGACAUCAGCAGCACUUCCUGCCAGCACCACUCCAAGGCAAGGGAGCCUCCUCCCAAGAGCUGUGGCCAAGUGGCCGAGGACACUCACAAGAACUCUGGCCAAACCACCAAGCAUUUUCACAAGACCUCUGGCCAAGUGACUCAGGCUCAGCAGGAAUUUCACGUUAUGAGCACACUCAGCUCUCUGAAGCCUCUUGUGCACACCAAGGAGGCCUUGGCCAGGAAGACUGUGGGUAUCAAAAGGCCCAGCAAGCCCCUGGUGCAUGACAAAUGGAAAAAAGUCCUGAAACUGGAGAGUGAGCCUGGUCCUUUGGAGGUCAGAGACCAGUCUUGCAAGCACCAGCCCCGAGUCAAGAAAACAGAGGAGCCAAAAUCCACCACUAAAAAAGCCCUGCAGCCGGCACUUCACAAGCCCUCUGAGGAGAGAAAGGACAAGGGCUCCCAGCAGGCCAAGGCCAAAGGCUUUUUGGAUGCCAGGCUCCUGAGACAUGCUCAGGAAUGUGAUGCCCUCAUCCCCAGUGACCACAGGCAUGGGGAAUGGCACAGGGAGAAAGUGCCCUUGCCUCCUGGGGAGAAGAAGUUGUUCUUGCCUUCGAGGAAGGCAGACUUGAAGAGGAAAGCCAUGUGGAGUCCUGAGGAGUCCCCUGGAAAGAAGAAGGUGAGAGGGGCCAGGGCAAGUGGGUUUGGACAAUGA